AUGUCGCGUGAACCGCAGAGUGCAGUCCGGGUGGUCGUGCGCUGUCGACCGCUUCUUAGUGGCGAACAGGAUCACACCUGUUCCUGUAUAAAGUUAGAUGCGGAGAAUGCUAAAGUGUUAGUUACUGGGAAAAAUCAGGAAGAAUCACGUUGUUUUGCCUUUGAUCGUGUUUUCCCACCAGAAACACAACAGGAGGAAGUGGCGGAUGAGGUGCUACCUUUGAUUGAUCAUGUACUGAAUGGAUUCCAUGCCACUGUCUUUGCCUAUGGACAGACAGGGAGUGGCAAGACCUAUACAGUGGAUGGUAUUGACUAUCUACAGAAAGGUACUUCAAAUCUGCAACCAAACACAAAAACUGACCCUAAACAGCAUGGUAUUAUUCCUCGUGUUAUUCAACUCAUAUUUGAUCGGGUUCGACAGUUGCAAAUGGAGGAUGAACAUGCACGCUUCCAGCUCCGAUGUAGUUUUUAUCAAAUAUAUAAUGAACGUGUAACGGACCUUCUUAACCCUUCCACAACACAAGCAUUGGGCUCUGGGUUAAAGAUUGGUUGGCGUAGUGGGGAUGUUUUCAGUGUAGAGAAUCUUUUUCUCUGUGAGUGUGAUCACCCAGAGAAGAUGCGACGUGUAUUUCUCUCUGGUGCCCGGGAGAAAGUGAUGGCGAGUCACGCCAUGAACCGCCAGUCCUCACGAUCCCACACAGUCUUCACAAUAUACGUUACCCGCCGGGACACCGACUCACCGGAGAUGUCCGUCAGGUCGGAAUUCUCCAUUGUGGAUCUGGCGGGUUCAGAGAAACUCACAAUGCUAUCAAGGGAUCCAUCCGCAUCUCUAGUUAAGGAAUCCAUUGAGAUUAAUGCUUCUCUUCUUGCGUUAGGUAAGGUGAUUACAGCACUCGCUAAUGCUUCAAAGGCAAAAGGGAAAAAAGGAGCUGUGUUUGAUCGACUGCAUAUUCCUUAUCGUGAUAGUAAAUUGACCAAACUGCUGAAGCACGCACUUGGUGGUAAUUCUCUCACCACCAUGUUUGCAUGUAUAAACCCAUCCGAUCGCUAUGUGGAUGAGACCCUGUCAACACUCCUCUACGCUGGCAGGGCACGAAAUAUUACAAACGUUCCCAAGGUAAAUGAAGACCCCAAAAAUGCACUUAUUCGGCAACUUCGUGCGGAGGUGGAUAGUAUGAAGAAGGAAUUAGCGUAUUAUAGAGGUUUGGCCUCUGGUAAUAUUGAUAAAAUGGAGUCUGUAUCAACGCAAUCCAAUCAAUCGCUCGGUGGGAAGGCAGAUUCUGAACAGGUAAUUCUCUUAACUGAUAAACUUCUACAAGCUUGUGAAUCUCUUAAGAGUAUUAUUACAGUUAAUGCUCAAUUACGUGAUGCUUUCGAUACAGUGAAAGAUGCAAGAUCGGAGCUUGAGAAACGUGAAGUAGAACUUAAUGCGGAGAAUUUAGCAUUACGUGAACGGAUAGAAAUGCUAGAGUCCAUUGUGCUCAAGGAUGGUUUUAUCGAUAGUGGUUCAGGGAAGGUUGAUACAUUGGAGGAUAUAGAUGAUACACCAGUUCCGCUUAGCACGAGAAGAAAAGACUCUCAAGUGACUGAAAAGAUGAAAUCGAUGCUGGAGCAGCCGUUAAUGCGAGAUGAAUCUUGUCAAUCUCCUGAUCCCUUAUCUGUGAAAAACCCUUUACAACAAAAUAAACGCUCGGACUCAAGAAGCUCUAGAAGGACAAGUAGUCAAAAACGAAGUGUUGUGGGUGAAAUCAAUACUACAGUACCGCCUUCUAACAAUGAAAGAUCAUCUGCAAAUAUGGGCGAGAGAAAUUCUGGAGGUCAUAGCUUUGUUCCUGUAGAGAAAACAAAUCACAAAGAUGAACGGAAACAACGUAAACAGAAAAAAGAGAAACAUCGACGUUCGGCACUAGCAGAAAAGUUAGAAGAAUAUACAAAUCGUUAUUAUAAGCCUAAUCACGUUGUAAACUAUGCGGAAUAUUAUGGUAAGGCCCGUCAACAAGUUGUAGUAAAUCGUACGGCAACCACUGUCAUUAAGGAGAUGGAAAAAACGUUAAAACAUUUACCACCGAGUAUUGCCGAUGGUGUCCCACAGUCAUUGAAACUUAUCUCACAGUUUGGGGCUUUAUCUUUUGGUGGUGCACGUGAGGAAGUAUCGGAUUUAGAACAACGUCGCAAGCAACGUGAAGAAAAGCGAAAUGCCCUUCUUGCCCAACAACAGGCAUUACUCGGUAAUGUGGCCCGGGCAUUCGCAGAUGCCACAGUGCAAUUAGAUGCUGUACGUUAUGGUAGUGCUUCUGCUUUUUCUAGUCCCAGUGCUGGUAUGACUACUAGUAUUAGUAGAAGUAGUGCUGCUAUUGCGUUUCGUCCGUAUUCGGAUACUAGUUCACGGCGUCCACGGCGUCCUGUGCGGUCACAAACGCCGCCUGCGAUACCAAGAUUGUCAACACCAAUAAUAACAGGAAGUUGUGGGACUAGUCGUUUGCGUGCCUAUUUGGAUCAUGAUGAAGCAAUGAUGUCAAAAGCUCCAUCAUCUGGUAAUAUAUAUGACAUUCUUCGCAAGACCGCACGGACUCCAUCAAGUAUGUAUUAA